UAUAUAUAUAUAUAGACAGAGAGAGAGAGAGAGAGAGAGAGAGAGAGAGAGAGAGAGAGAGAGAGAGAGAGGAGUUUAUCGUGGUAGUGUGAGAAGAUAGAAAUAUAUAUAUAUAUAUAUAUAUAGAUAUUUUGUAGAGGAUCAAGAAUUAAUGGAAGGUGUUGAUGUUGUGAAUGUGCUGCACAUGAACGUAGGAAAUGGUGCUUUUAGUUAUGCCAACAAUUCUCUCAAUCCAAGAAUCGGGAUUAUGAAAACAUGGCAUCUUUUAGAAGAAGUUCUAAAAAAGAUGUCACUCGACCCCGGCUUCUCCAAAUGCUUCACAAUGGCGGAUUUGGGAUGUUCUUCGGGUCCUAACACCCUCCUCGUCAUCUCCCGUGUCAUCGAAAUAAUCCGAGGCUUGUGUGACUCAGAUCGCGACAACAUUGAAUUCCAAGUAUUUUUGAAUGAUCUUCCCGGUAAUGAUUUUAAAAACUUGUUUCACAUGUUGCCCGAAUUCUAUCAUAGGCUCGACAAUGUUAAUGACAACAUUGGACAAGGGACGCCGAGGUGCAUCGUGUUGGCUUUGCCCGGUUCUUUCUAUGGAAGGUUGUUUCCGCGCGGAAGUUUGAAUUUUGUUUGGUCAUCAUAUAGUCUUCAAUGGUUGUCUCAGGUUCCCAAAGGUUUGGCGAGCAAUAAAAGUAACAUUAGCAUAUCUAUGACAAGUCCCCAAGAGGUAAUUGACGCGUAUAAAAAGCAAUACCAAAGAGAUUUUAUGACAUUUCUUAUGUCACGGAGUGAAGAAAUGAUGUCCGGAGGUUAUAUGAUUUUAACUAUUGUGGGACGAAGUAUCGAAGAUUCCUUAUUACAUGACGACUACAUGCAGUUCACCAUUCUUGCAGAUACAUUCGUCGAAAUGAUUAAUGAGGGGACGGUGAAGGAGGCGGAUUUGUAUUCGUUCAACAUACCUCUAUACAAGCCGAGCACACAAGAAGUUGAGGAACUGAUCAAGAUCGAGGGAUCAUUUAAUUUAGAAAAAGUCGAGGGUUUUAAAGUUCAUUGGGAUGCACAUGUACGAUACGAUUAUGGCAACCGGUAUGAUGAAGUGGACAAAUAUAAGCUAGGGCAAAAAGUGUCGAAUUUCAUUAGGGCUUAUACAGAACCAAUAGUUGCUAAACAUUUUGGGAAUACAAUUAUGGAUGAUUUAUACAAAAGGUAUGAAAAGAAACUAGCAGAAUAUCUAUCAAGAGAGGAUCCAAUGUACUUUAUUACGACGGUUUGUCUCAGUAGAAAGACGAAAAAAUGACUUACAUAAUCAAUCGAAAUAUGUUUAUCUCUAUACACACGAUG